CCAGUUACCGAUUUCGUCGUCAAGAGUUAUAUCUCGAAAAAACGAAAAACUCAAACACACACAAACAAAAAUGGCAGCUAAGUUGAUCAUCUUCGCCGCUUGCGUGGUGUCCGCCAUCGCCCAAUACCCAGCCCCGGCUUACAAACCAGCAUACUCGGCGCCCGCUUACUCGGCACCAAAGGCUUACGCCCCAGAGCCCGCCUACGCACCGGCUCCAUACAACUUCGAGUACAGCGUCAACGACCCAUCCACAUAUGACGUCAAGAGCCAGUCCGAGUACAGCGACGGCAACGGCAACGUCAAGGGAUCGUACAGCCUCGUCGAAGCCGACGGAUCCACCCGUGUCGUAGAAUACACCGCCGAUGACUACAACGGUUUCAACGCCGAGGUCAAGAAAGUCGAAGGAGGUUACAAGGCCCCGUACAGCGCCCCGGCACCAGCCUACAAAGCCGCCCCGGCCUACAAGCCCGCCUACGCCGCACCAGCCUACCCAGCACCCGCCGCAUACCCAGCACCCGCUUACUCCGCACCGGCCUACAAGCCAGCCCCGUACAAGGCAUACUAAUAACUGAUUCCUCGUCUAUCGCAUCAGCACUUCCGGGCGCUCUCGUCUUCGGCGGUGAAACCAACGCAAUGUGACCGUUACCUACACACCAAACCGCGAGUCACAACAGUCGUGUGUGUACAACUCGCGUAUAAAUAUUAUAUAUUUUGUAAAUAAUUUAUUACACGACAUAUUAUUAUAUUAUUAUACUGACCAUCGUAAUACUAUAUAAUAA